AUGGGCUAUAUGCAAAAUCGGUCGAAGUACUGGUUAGAAAGAAUAGGAAAUCGAGAAAUGUUAUGCUACGGAAUGAAUGGUCAACCUAUGUAUAUAGACAGCGUUCAUUUUCCAUUUCCUGCGUUGAGAUACAAAGAAAUGACUUCGGAUUUACAAGCUUUAUUUCAAAAACAGAAUGGAGAUUGGAAACAUCUAACUAAAGAGGAUAAAAAAGCGUUAUAUAGAGCAAAUUACUGCCAAACUUUCGCAGAGUUCACAGCUCCCGCGAGCGGUGAAUGGAUGGGAGUUGUUGGGAUCGGAUUAAUUCUGUGUUCACUAGCAGCCUGGAUUUAUAUUUUUGAACGCCUAUUUUUCGACGAUCCCUUACCUGACACUUUUACCCCUAGACUCAACAGAGCUCAGUUGAGAAGAAGAAUAGACAUGCGGGAGGAUCCCAUAAGAGGCUUGACAUCAAACUGGGAUUACGAAAAAAUGGAUUGGAAGGUGAAAACUUGGCUCACACCGGAUAAUCCUUUUGUUAAGUGUCCUGAGGAUUAA